UUUUCGUUUUUAUUUGCAGCAUUUAAGCACACAGCCAAAAUUUGGUUUAUUAUUUGACAUUGAUGGUGUUAUAAUACGUGGUAAAAAUGUGUUGCCACCCGUACCAGAGGCCUUUAAGCGACUCCAAGGGAAAGAUGGAAAGUUUCGUGUACCAACUGUCUUUGUCACCAACAGUGGAAACGCUCUACGUAGCCAGAGAGCAGCAGAUCUUUCUAAAUGGAUAGGAUUCGAAGUAAAGGAGUCCCAAGUGGUCAUGGCUCAUUCACCUUUAAGAUUAUUCCAACAGUAUCAUAAUAAACGGGUUUUAAUAUCUGGCCAAGGCCCGAUUAAAGAGAUAGCUCAGGAACUGGGCUUUCAUAAUGCAAUAACUAUUCAAGAAUUAGUAAAAAAUUUUCCAUCCUUAGAUUAUGUAAACAUGGCAAAGAGAAAUCCAUUGUGUGGUCCAGUGGAUCCAAAUUUCCCUAGCAUUGAGGGUAUUGUAUUGUUCAGUGAACCAAUCUCUUGGGAAACUCCGUUGCAAUUGAUGGUAGACCUUUUAAUGACAAAUGGAAUGCCAGCUGGCUUACCCAGCGAACUUCCUUAUCCUCACAUUCCAGUUUUGGCAUGUAAUAUGGAUUUGUUAUGGGUAUCUGAAGCACCAAUUCCGAGAUACGGUCAUGGCGCCUUUAUGUUAUGUUUGGAAUCACUGUAUAAGAAAAUUACAGGAAAAGACAUGAUAUAUUCUGCUCUAGUCGGAAAGCCUGGCGAAGUUACGUAUUAUCAUGCGAAUCAUAUACUCAGCGAGCAUGCCAAAAGUAUUGGAAUAAAUCGUAAUGUUGAUACAAUAUACGCUAUCGGAGAUAACAUUAACACCGAUAUUUUCGGUGCAAACUUAUACGAUAAGUACUUGUCCCGCUGUAGAGCGGAAAACGUGUUGGCGCCUCAGAAACUACAGAAACUACUUGGUAGGGACGUAGAACCACCUAGCGCAGAAGCUUGUAUCAGUAUUUUAGUUGAAACCGGAGUCCAUCAACGGGAUUCGAAGUUUAUAGCGGAACACUGUCCCAGAGAUUUUCUGCCAGUCGACGACAGUCUAUGUAAACCCGCAUUCGUAGUGAAAGACGUUGGCGAAGCGAUCAAUCUUGCGUUUAAAGAAGAGAAAUAUGACUGAAACGAUGUACAUAGGAUAUACUUAGCCUUGGAGUGUUCACAUCCUAAUAUCGAUUAAGAAACAAAGAAACAGAUAACAAUGUAGAUUAACUUUGCUAAUGUAAGUAUUAUAUAAAUUUUUGUUUUGCAGUGUUCUGAAGCCAUAUAGUGAAAUUGAUAGGGGAAAGAAAGGCAGCGACAGAUAGGCAUGAUAUAUAUAUAUAUAUUAUUAUUCUUUCUUAAAUCAUUCUUGACACUUCUGUCUGCCUGUUAUUGAAGAAAAGAAUUAUCACUGUAAUCGAGUAUGAGUAGGACACCAGAUAAAACUAAAGAAUAGUCUUUCAAUUUAUUUAGAUGUACUCAGAUUUGUAUGUAUAUUUGUUUCGAUAAUUUACAUUACGAGUAUUGUACGUAGAAGGAUAUACAAAUAUGGUAACUGUAUGUAUAUAGGCAAUUUUUAGUUUAACUUUUAUCAUAUUAUAGAUGAAUCAUUAUAUAUUUAACAACUUUACCAACUUUCCUAUUUAGAACAUCUCUGUAUCGACUUAUAAUUUUAUCACGCCUUGACGAUGAUGGUCACGCUAAGUACCAAUCCCUGUCAAUAAUUAGAAAUGUAUUACUGAAAUGAUGCUCGAGUGCAUUUAAUUGAGCACUUGAUAAUAAUGCGAACUCUACGAAACAACGUUUCUAUCGUU